CGGGCGUCGCUUCCAUGACGGCUUUUGUGCGCGCCAGCUGGGUUUGUGGUGGAGGGUAGGGUAGAAGUCGCCGUUAGCGAGGCAUUGGCCUUUGCUUGCCCCUUCUUUUUUUCCCCCCGCCAUGACUUCAGAACGGGGAGCGGGCAAUGAGGGCAUCAAGUUAUCAGCAGAGGUCGAACCAUUUGUCCCGAAAUUUGCAGCAGUAACAGUGGCAUGGCCAGAACCCUCAGAAGCAUGUGUCUUUCCUGGAUAUUAUACGACAUGCUACCCAUAUGUUCAGGAGCCAUCAGUGAAUAAACAACAGCUAUAUAUUGAAGAAGUACCAUGGGAUACCUCCACCUGUCUUUCUCAGCGUGCAUCUCAAAAUCUUACAGGAUGUAAUUCUCUUGAGGAGUACACCAAUUCUCCAUAUUCUCUUACUGCCACACCAAGAACACAUGCAGUUUCCAGCUUCCAGAGUCAGAACAUUUCUAGUAAACAGGGUAGAGAGUACAUACAACAGACUUCUUUGAUCAGAAAAGAAUGUGCUACUUUAUCCAGGAGACAGCUGAAAAAUAGUGAAACUAGACUGGAGGAUAAAAGGCCUAAUGGAAGUGAUUUUACCUGCAGAUCAACAGAAAAUUCACCUUUUAUUGCUCUGCAGAGCAGGAAUCCUAUUAAAUGUGAUACACUGACUCACAUGAUUGAAAAAAAAGAGGCCAGAAUACACAAUAGGCCUAUAAAAGUUAUGAAUGGGAAGUUCAAGCAAAUUCCAAACGCUGAGCAUCUACCAGAACCUGCCUUUGAAAUGACCUUGUCAGAUUUCCCAAAACUCCAAGACCUAGAAAGUAACAAUCUCCUGGAUCUUCAAAAGCAUGCAUGGGGGCCAGUGGGCUCAGCAGAAGGAGAUAAGCUGCCUCUGACACCUCCAGGAAAACUUGCAAUUUCAAACAUAACCAAAGAGGGUGAAGCAUGUCGGAAAAAGCAUUUACCAACAAGACCCUUAAGUUCUUCAUCAGAUCCCGGAGUUCCUCAGGCACAUCCAGGUCUUUUCACUGAAAUACCCUUAUCUUGGGCCACUGUGCUUUCCCAAACUCCCAAAAAAGUUGUUCCAGUUCCAGCUUCAAUUCUGGCAAGCAAUCAUUCUGGAAGUAAAAUAACAGAUAAUGCUGCUGAGGAUUACAAGCAAUCAGAAAGAAGAGAAAAUGCAAGUAACCUUGAAGAAACAGCAAAUAAAAAGAAGAAGAAGAAGAAGAAAAAGAAAACCAGAUCAUGCAGUGAAGUAGAGAAGCUUCAUAUCCAGAGGAUUUUAAUUCAAGACCCUCCAAGAAUUCAGGAUGUUGAAGAAUUCCCAGAUUUAGCAGCUGCUUUUGACAGAAAACAUAAACAGGCAACUGAAAAUAUUCCUUGUUUAACACCUAUUAUUGAGAAGGCUAAAGUAAUCACAAAGCUGUCUGCAUUUGAGUCUCAUGACCGUUCUCCUCCAAAGGAAUUAAUAAUACCUAUGCCAGAUGUAUUAUCAACAAGAAAAACAGGCAAACAGGAUUCACCAGCUCCAAUAGAAAAAAAGAAAAUGCAGGGUACUCUGCCAUCUAAGAAAAACAGAAAAAAGAGUCAGAUUCCCGUACAGCUUGAUUUAGGAGGUAUGCUGGCAGUUUUGGAAGAAAAACAGCAUGCAGAAAAAUUACAUCAAUCAUUUAAACCUCUGGUGCUUUCAGUUGGUGGUGGAGUAACAUUGCCCACAAAGGAAUCUCUCAGAGUGACAAAAACUUCACCGUCAAUUCAGAAAAAUACUCCACACAAUCCCUUGGACUCUAGUUCUCCAUUGGUCAAGAAGGGGAAGCAGAGAGAAGUCCCAAAGCCAAAGAAGCCAACUUCAUUAAAAAAGAUUAUUUUGAAGGAGAGGGAACAGCGAAAACAGCAACACAUUUUAGAACAGAUGGCUAUACCGAAGAAAGCUGAUGCUGUUGAGCAGAAUGCAGAAUUUGUUCCUGAUGACGCGCAAUUUUGUAAAGCCCCCAGAGAAGAUACAGGGUUCAUCGGCAACCAGUCAGGUCCAGAAGUUGUAAAAGAAGUUGCAGAGGACCCGGUACUUCUGAUGCAGAGUAGUUCAGAAGUGGACUUGAAAUGUACAGAAUCUAGUGGCUCCAUGCAAAACUCAAUUGCUCCAUCACAGCUGAAACCCAGCUUUCCCAAGAUCCAUAGCCGAAGAUUUAGAGACUACUGUACCCAAGUGCUUAGUAAAGAAGUUGACAGCUGCGUUACAGAUCUCCUAAAAGAGUUGGUUCGUUUCCAAGACCGUUUGUAUCAGAAAGACCCUGUGAAGGCCAAGACGAAACGCAGAAUCGUUCUGGGACUCAGAGAAGUGUUGAAACACUUGAAGCUGAAGAAGCUGAAAUGUGUCAUCAUUUCUCCAAAUUGUGAAAAAAUUCAGUCAAAAGGUGGGUUGGAUGAGACUCUGCAUCUCAUAAUUGACACUGCAUGUGAACAGAAUAUUCCAUUUGUUUUUGCUCUCAAUCGCAAAGAUCUAGGGCACUGUGUGAACAAAUUAGUGCCUGUUAGUGUGGUGGGAAUAUUCAGCUACGAUGGUGCUCAGGACCACUUUCACAAAAUGGUGGAAUUGACAAUGGAAGCAAGGCUGGCGUACAAGGAAAUGAUUUCAACUUUAGAGAAGGAGUCAAGUGAAGAAAUAAAACAAAGUGACUGUGCAAUCCAAACCCAUCAGAAAGAGAAUUGUGCACUAGAUAAUGGUAUAGUACCCCUUCAAGUAUCUGAAGAGGAUUCCCCAAAUUACAUUAAGAUCUGGAAGCAAAAGCUUGAAGAGGAGUAUAAUCCCUACAUCCUGGAGCUGGAAAAACUGUCAACCACUGACAUGUUGCCCUUGGAUGUUGAGGAGCCUCAGUAAAUCAAGACUACCUUCUUUGGCAUUAUUGACUUUUACUUUAUGUGUGUGUCUGAGUGUAUAUAGACUUGUAAAUAGUGAGUUACCUAAAUUUAAUUAUCUGUAAUAUAAGAUAGAAAACCCACAGUUGAAUUUCUGAGAUAAUUUAAUGCCAAAGAAUUCAGAGCUGUCCAAUAACUUCCCUCCGAGGGCGGAUUCAGUGAAAGCACUUGGUUCAUCCAAAUGAGAUACAGAAUGAGACAGGAAUUGAAUUGGAUUUGUUUGUAUUUUCAUAUAGCAAUACUGUAGAGAAAGCAGCUUUAGCAUAAUGCCAGACAGCUAGUCUCUGCUCCAUAUAAGCACAGAGUCUCCAAUCACUGUUCUCAUGAUUUCCAAUAAUUAUAUCACUGGAUUGAUACCAAUGAACUGCAUUGCGCUUGUAAGUGGUUUCUUUUUCUCUUUAUAGUAGAAAUACACAACUGUGCAUAAAAUAAUACGAAAUGAAAAAAAAAGGGAAUACCAUUGAUUUUCUCUGGGGCAUUAUUGUAAAUAUAUAUAUAUAUAUAAAACAUACUAAUAUAUAAUGACUCCAUUUGGAUAUAUGCAAAUUAGCAAAACAAAAAUGCAAUACUGUCAGCUGAUUUAUUUUGUGAUAGAGCAAUUUGGUGUAGGUUAUGGGUGUGUCAUUAAAAGAUGGUAGAAGCAAAGUGGAAUUAUUAAAUACAGAGAGAAUAAUCAUUAAUUUAUUGGUACUGUAUUUUCCUAUUUUGUCCCGUUCUGCAGCUUGAUAUUAACUUUUGAAGGGCUUUGUACAGCCUUGGAACUGACAGCUACAUUUGUUGCAAAUAUCCUGAAUGGGAUUCUCUCAGCUAUCAACUAAACCUUCAGCAGAUUAGAUGGUAGAUAGCAGAUGAUGGUAGAUUAUAGUCAUGAGUAGUGUGGUGGCCUAGUGGUGAAGAUGCUCACCUCCUAAUCCAAGGUAGUAUCAGAUAUUUCCUAGAGCGUAAAGAAAAAAAAAAUAUCUGCUGUAAACUUUGCAUGGUGUUAGGAAGGGCAUCCAGCCAGUAAAAUGUUCAGCUCCAUUGACCCAACUCUACCCCAAAUUAAGGGAUUACAGGGUUGUAAAAGGGAGUUUGGUGGUAGAUUAUAGUCAUAGAUACAGAAAAUGUUCACCAUGAGAUAGCUUACUUUUUGUAUACGAAGUAAUUUCUCUGUUAAUGGCUAUCUUUAGAAAGCUAUCAGGAUUCUGUGGUGCAGAAAGUGGCAGCAGUGCAAGACGAGAAGCAGACAAUGUGAAAUGAUUGAGUUUACAAAGCGUUCUUUUCUACGUUUUUGCUCAUGUAUCCAUGCUAAAGGCACAGUUUAACCAAGCAGAGAAAAAAAUGUGAGAGGUCAUUGUGUCCUAGGACAGCAGUCCUCAACCUUUCUGGCUUGGCGAUCCAGCGGUGGGGAGAAAUGGAGGUAGUUCCCUGUGAGUGGCAGGUGAGGGUGCGCGAGUGCACGCAGCUCCAUUUGUGCGAGCAGCUGCCACUUGCAUGAAGGGAGCUUCACACACGUGCACAUGCUCACCCAUUACUUGUGUGGCCCGGUUCCAAACAGGCCAUGGCCCGGGAGUGGGCCACGGCCCAGAGGUUGGAGACCUCUGUCCUAGAAUGUUUUUUUUUUAAAAAAACCAUUCCUUUGUAUUAACUUUUCAGAACCCAAAUAAACUUAGAAGCUGGAGAGAGGUUAGCCUGAUCUAUCAGCAUAAUUUUUUUUUUCCUCCAAUGGAGCUGGCAGUCUCCUUUCAGCCAGAAGAACCAACUGUUGUGUGGGAAUUUGACACCCUUGCUCAAAAGGCUUAGCCGUUCUUAUUUUUGCCAGAGGGAUAUGGAGGAUUAUUUCAUUUUGGACCAUUUUAUGAUAAGCUUUCCAACAUUUCGGUGUCUCGAGACAACUGAAUAAUUGUACAACUACUGUAUAAAACAAAUUUUUUUGCAGUAUGCCUCUUAUAUUGCAAAAGACAUUUGCACUAAAACAAUAUCAGGUAUUUUAUUGAUGCUAUUACUGGGCAGUUUCACAGAGAAAAUGCUGCUUUUCUUAUGUACUUCUUUGUGUGCCUUUUAAAAAGCAUGGAAAUUUUCAUUGUAAUUUUCAUAACAUUCCAGUCACACUUGCGAUUUACAAACUUAGGUGUAUUUCCCAGUGCUCUGAUUUCCAAAUGCUAUUUGCUCCUUUAUUAGUAUCAAUAAGUACUGGUAAGGGAAUUUGGUUAAAGUUGUUAUGUCUUCCUGUGCCUUUACAUACAUAAAAUACAGAUAUAUAAGUGCUUGGUUCAACAAAAACUGAUACAAUAAAAAUGUUAUUUCUUUAUUAUCAAUGCUAGGGUAAUGGGGCAAGUUGCCUUUUGCCAAGGAAUGCACUUAACAUUUUUUAAGAAUGGUGGGGGUUUUUUCAUUGUUCAUCAAAUUUUGAAAACAUAUCUUUCUUACUUAAAAAGUUGACAAAUUUUAGUAACAGUUUUAUGUUUUAAUGUGCCUGAAACUACAUCACUAAUUUUGAACAAUUGUGGUUGGAAGAUGUUCUGGGGGAUGCAGAAAAAGAGAAUUGGAGGUAGUCUUAAGCUACCUCGAUCUAUAAUAAAAUAUCUUAAAGUCA